AUGGGUGUGCUUGGUAUCGUUCCGUUUCUCUUGAGAAAAUGUCCGGCAGCAAUUGAAAAUAUCCCGAAUCGAUUUCAGGCACUUGAAGGCAAGACCAUCGCUAUAGAUGGAACAUUGAUUACGCAGCGCUUGUUCUAUACGCCUGAUUCCCGGCCACAUCGACACGUUUUGGGAUGGUAUCAACUCAUCCAGGAGUUACGCCAGAACAAAAUCAGUGUUAUAUGUGUUUUUGAUGGGGAGGGCCGAAUACCUGCAAAACAAAACGAGGUCGAACGUCGGAAACUACUUAGAACGCAAGCUCAAGCCCGCGGUGUAUGGGAAAAAUCUCGUCAUGAAAGACUGUUGUCCCUAACUCAGGCCCUCCGUGGAUUGGAAGAUAUGUCUAUUGAAAAUCGGGAAGAGGUGUUGAAGACUUUACAAGUCGACCCGCAGUUGCAACAGGAACACCAGUCAAGUAUGUCCACUUCCGAUUUAGCUGGGGUUAUUCAGGGCCAGGUGAAUGAAGUGGAUCGUCUUGGACAAUUAUCAAAUAUACAUGCGAACUUAUUGGCGAGUGGAUCAUCAUCGCUCGAUGGAACCAAGUCCAGCCACAUAUUCAAGGAAGAUCCCGUUGGCGUCGAAACUGGACUUCCGGGCGGUCUAUUCUCGAACAAGGACAGUCCUUCUGAGAGCGACCAAGAUACCGAAAACACUUUGGGUUCUCCAUCACAUGUCAACGGCAAUGAUGCGGAUGUAACAGCACCAGAAGAAACUAUUGUUCGAGAUACCCUCGAAGCGGCUCUUUCGACCAAAUCGCGCCUCCCUGAGCAUAUCGAUGUGAUUCGUGACGAUAACAAACCAAAGCCAGAGGCCGAGGAGUACGACAAGCCACAAUUGGGCCUCCCAGAGACGGCCGAACAUCUCAGCCGCCAACCUGAAGUUCGAGCUCGUGCUUCUUUGGAACUAGAUGAGGCUGGAUCUUCCAUGACGAAUACCGAAAAUUUCGAUGUCAUGGCGGAACACAUCCCCAUCAUUCAAUCGACGGAAGUCAAGCAAAGGAUAGAUUCCCUACAAAAUGAGAGUGACAAGGCCCUUGCUAAAACAAUAUUUAACCUUUUUGAUCACUACAACCGCACCACUGCUUCAGGAUCCGAUGGCUCAAUAUCUGCUCUAGGUGCGGAAGCCGAUGUUCAAGAUAUGCCAACUAUUCCGAUAUCCAGAACACAGUUGAAAUAUACGCAGGAAGAGGGCAAGAUAUGGAAACAGCUUGUUACGUCACCUGGAAGCACGGCUUUAGAUCUGGCUCGCGUUGUAGAAAUGGUCGAGCAAUUCGCAUCGGUGGAGCUGAACAAUGAUGAGCUGAUCAGCGAUAAAACUAUGCUUGAAGAGGAAGUAGAGUUACCUAUCAGCGAACGUUCGGCUAAACUGGAAGAACGAUCCGGUAUCAUGGCCGCCUCACUUACGCGCCGUGCGAAUCCUCCAACUUCCUUGACUUAUGCGGAAUCACGCUUGAUACUGGAAGCAAUGGGCGUCCCAUGCAUCCAAAGCUACCUCCCAUAUGAGGGCGAAGCAUUAGCAUGCAGCCUUGUCCUCCAUGGGUUUGCUGACUUUGUUGGGAGCGAAGACACGGACGUGCUGAUGUACAACGCCCCUUUAUUACGGAACCUGACGAACCGAAACGCACCUCUACAAAUUAUACCACCCUCAGUAGAAACAAGAUUGGGCUUAUCGCGGUCCGCGUUUGUGGACGCAGCGAUUUUGAUGGGCACGGACUUCGUUAGGCGGGUUGGGGGUAUUGGCCCAACCACCGCGUGGCGCCUCAUGCACAAAUAUGGAUCUAUCGAGGAUAUGCUCGAGCAAGAGCCCAAGUUCCGCCCGUCGGAUGUUGCCGAAUAUCUCGAGCAGGUCAAGAUUGCGCGUCAGAUCUUCAGCGCUAUACCCCCUGCCCCGGCAGUAGAAGACGUGCUGCCAGGUCACUGGGAUGAACAGGCAAUAUAUGAUGUUAUGUCGAGAUUCGAGUUACAAAGAUAUCUUGAAGAUGGACAGAUCAUUCCCGGGGCAUUAGUAGCUAAUCACUACGAGAAUGACUCAGAGCUAAAGUCUGCGUAA